UCCGUUCCUAUGGUGACGGCGUCCUGGCAACGGCGACAGCUCCCGCAGCCCGGCCUGCGUCGGGCCCGCGCCGCUUCCCGCACCGGGCGGACGGACGGACGGACAGGACGGGAGCCCGGGGCGGGCACGGAGCGUCGCGGUCAUAGCACGGAGAGGAGCGGGACCUUCCCGGCCGCGGGGCGCAGCGGAGAGGCGAGCAGCCCCCGCCCGCCGCAGUGGUAGUAUCCGGUGCUGUGAUAUGCGAAGCUCUGCCUAAAUCAGUGGGAUAUUCCCACGUUCAUCGCUUUGUGUUCCAAUCCUGAGCUGCAUUAAGAUCACCGAGUUGUGCUGAGGCCCAGAGCACGAGGAGCUCAGAGCUCAGAGCUGGCAGCUCGGGCUGUCAGGCUGCUGUGUGACCCCGUGGGACAGCCAGGUGCUGUCAUGGACUGAGGCACUGCUUGAACACCUGGGGAGCAUCGUGUGCAGGAACAGACUGUGGGCCUGGGCCGCUGUGGUGCACGGAAUCCUGAAUGCAGAAGCCAGCGCCAAGAUACCCCGCUCUCGUACAGGGCUUUCUACUUACAGGCAUGCAAGAGCCUAAAUGAAGAGACAUAAAUCAUUGACCAGAAAAUGGCCCAACGAAGCCCAAUCUUCCCAACUCUCGCCCAUUCUGAAAGCUUCUCUAAACUGUAGGAAAAAGAGCCUGACCUGCCUUUGUACGGACAGAGGCAGCAGCAAACAACAUCCAUUCAUCUGUAGCAGCCAGCCUUUACGGGUUCGAAACAUCCCGCUGCACAGCCAGGCGCUGACAGCGGUCCCGCUGGCAUCUGCGAGCCUCGUGGAUCAGCUGGAGGACAGAAUCCUCAGCCAUGAGAAAACCACGGCAGCGCUUGUGGAACACGCCUUCCGUAUCAAGGAGGACAUUGUUUCCACUCUGCACAGAAUGCAGAACAAAGGGGGGGGCGAUCGGUUAGCCAGGCAGCUCCUAGAGGAACACAUCCGGAACAUAACUGCCAUCGUGAGGCAGCUCAACCGCGACAUUGAGAUGCUGCAAGAACAGAUACGCGUCAGAGACAAUCUCAGCUACGGAACAAAUUCUACCCUAAAGAGCCUGGAAAUGAGGCAGCUUUCUGGCUUAGGAGAUCUUCGUGGAAGAGUAGCAAGGUGUGAUGCCGGGCUAGCCAGACUGUCUGCAGAGCAUAAAAUCACAUACGAAAGACUUCAGAGCUUAACUAAAGACCAACACACCUCUAAGCUGAUCUUAGAAUCUAAAAUCAAAGAGACAGAAAUACAGGUGUCGCACCUGCUGAGCCGCGUGGAGCAGGCGGUGGCGCAGCAGGAAGCCAAGCUGAAGCUGGCCUACAAGGAGAGCGCGCAGCAGCUCCACCUGCUGGACACCAAAUUAAAAAAUGCCAUUGAAGAACUCAGCAGCCAGAUUUUGUCUGCACGCAGCUGGUUGGAACAGGAACACGAGAGGAUCGAAAAAGAGCUUGUGCAAAAACUUGACCAACUCUCACUGACUUUCAAGGAAAACACAGAAAUGAGUGAAAGAGCCAUAGAGAUGAAAUUCAACCAAAUGUCAGAGAAAAUCAACAAAAUAGAAGAAAUACAGAAGAUCACCACGGAAGCACAUGAAACACAACAGUCUGAAGAAAAGAUAAAUAUUCGUAUUGGCAAACUUCAAAAUGAGAUUAAUGAAGAUAUAAAAGAAAUGAAAGCUGAAGUUAAUGCUGGGUUUGCAGCUAUCUAUGAGAGCAUUGGAUCUCUACGGCAAGUUCUAGAAGCAAAAAUGAAACUUGACAGAGAUGAACUACAGAAGCAGAUCCACCAAAUGAAGCAGGAGGUUCCAAUGUGGGCAGAGACUGGACCAUGACUGCAAGACUUUGACUGAGAUGAACACCUACUUGUCUGAAUAGGCAGAAUAUAGCCUUGUUCCAGUCUAUAAUCCAAAUUAAAUGCAUGUACUGAAGGACAUGCUGCUGUUGCACAAGUCUGUAUGUUUACUUUAAGUGGUAAAUGCAAGCUUUUAAUAGACCAAUUGACAAGAAGCUUUUAUGGGCUGAGGUGCUGAUUUGCCACUGCACUACUCUAGCUACUCUCAGGAGAUUACCAACUGUAAAACUGGAGUAAUAUAUUGGCGAAGCUGGCACCUAAUUUGCUAGCAGCAUUUCAGUGCUCCCCAGUUGUGAAGGCUUGAUCAGGCAAUUACAUGCUUAUAUAUAUAUAAGCAUCUGCACCCCUGCUUUUUUUUCCCCCCCUCUUUAUUUAAAAACAAAACGGCACAAAAAACCAAACCAAGUUGAUAUCACUUGUUUAUAUCAGUUUGGCAAGGCCCUCCACCUUGGUACACAUGACUGUCUUUGAAGUUGAUGGCUAUUUUUGCAGUGACCUUCUCUACCAUUACAGGACAUUGACUCCUCGUGAGACAGAACUGGCAUCAAACAGAUCAAUUUUCAAAACACCUUUUGUUUAGUUGUGCAAAUAUCCUGCGUGUGCGCGUGUGUGUGAACUAAAUAGCAUUAUAUAAAUGUAGUUGUAGACUAAAAAUGAUUCAUGAACAAUGUAAGAAACAACUUGUGGUCUUCAGUAUUGUGACCUUUUUAGAUGAAUAACCAAGUGGACUUGAGACGAGACAAAAUAUUUAUAUAUAACAGUAUUUUUUACUUGGGCAUGCGUUCUUGUGACUUGUUUCAUUUUACUGAUAAAAGCUUUGAAAGGUCUGAAAACAAAAGAGAAAAAGUGAUAAUCUAACAGUCUGGAGAAUGUGAUGUAAAAUAAAAUGCAGUUUAUGAUCAGAUUAGACAUUUCUCGGAAGUUCAACAGCUAAUUCUUCAAAUUUAAGUAGAUUUUAAGUUAGUAGGUUUGGUAACCAAGUUCAUGGUGUCUCCAAAUAAUAACGGUGCCUAUUUUCAUUCCCAUAACAGAUUUCAUACUGAAAAUAAGCACCCAUACAAAAUAUUAACCUACAUGGGAAAGUAUAUAUUGUAUAUAUUUUGAUUUGAUUUUAUCAGCCACAGCUCCAUUUUCCAUCUUUUCAAGUCAUGCAGGAUUAAACACUCACAAAAGGCUUCACCUGGCAUCCUAUUAACUUAUACAGCUCAUAGUAAUCCAUGUACAAAAAUGCUCUUAACUUACACAAUCAUUACUGCUAACUUGUGUGGGUUGGUAGGAUGUCUUUCCACUGUCUGUAUGGACUGAUUUUCUUUCUGGCUAAUACUGCAAAACCAGACUCUUAUUUGGACAAUCAUUGGCAAGUGUUUAUCUACUUCCGCAACAUAAACUAUGGCCCACAGACUUAACUGCAUUAAAAUAAAGAAACGCUCUAAAAACAUUCCUGUUAUUUUCACUAGGACAGUAUACUGUGAAAAAAAA